CUUGGCUAUCGAUCGAUCGGUUUCUCGCCGAUGAUAAACACUCCGCAACUAUUGCACGAUCAUAACGAGUACCUCAACGAACGUGUCUUUCUUCGUGGAGUCGAAAUUUAUGAGACGUUGAUUGACAACUUGGCAAAUGUCCAAGAAUAG